GAUAGAUUCUUUGUGAAUGAAUCAUGCCUGGAUUCUUUUCCAGUAAUUGAGAUCAGACAUCUUGGACAAGGACUUUCAAAUCAUAGGCCCCUUCUUUUCAAAUCACUUUCCCACCAUGUGGUGGGCCCUAAACCUUUCAGAUUUUUGAAUGUAUGGUGCUCACAUACUUCCUUUAAGGACCUUGUUGCUAGCUCCUAGGGAAAGAGUUAUCAAGGAGGGGGUAUGAGGGGUCUGGCUUUCAAAUUGGCUGCUCUGAAGAGGGCACUUCUUCAGUGGAACAAAGAGGUAUUUGGGAAUAUUUUUGAUGCAGUUUAUAAGGCAGAGGAAAGGCUGUUGAGGGCGGAAGAUACUCUAGAAAUGGAUGAUUGUGAAGAAAAUGUGGUGGCAUGUAAUUUGGCUAGGGCUUUGUUGCAACAGGCUCACAAAAAGGAGGAAAUGUUCUCGUCCCAGAAAGCAAAUGUUAGGUGGAUUUCUCAAGGGGAUGCCUCAACUGCAUUCUUUCAUUCUUUGGUCAAGGGAAGGAGAAAUAGGCUUUUCAUUUCUUCUCUAAAGAAUACAGUUGGUUGUAUGCUUUCCUCUCAAGAAGAAGUAGCUAAGGAUGCUGUUGCGCAUUUUACUAGGGUUUUUUCUACUGUCCAUGAGGGUGACAUGGGUGAGGUACUUAGUCAUAUUCCCUCCUUGCUCUCUGAGCAAGAUAAUGAUAUGCUUGGGAGGCUGCCAGAUGAGGAGGAGGUUAGAAAGACUAUUUGGGCUUUGAAUGCAAAUAGUGCUGCUGGUGCUGAUGGGUUUAAUGGCUUCUUCUUUAGACAGGUUUGGGACAUUAUUAAGGUGGAUGUAUCUAAAGUUGUGCAGGAGUUCUUUUUGGGUAUCCCUUUGCCCAGGGUUUUUGGGAGUACUUUGAUCACCCUUAUUCCAAAAAUUGAGGGUGCUAUAACUCUCGAUCACUUUAGGCCCAUUUCUCUUUCUACUUUUUUCAGCAAGAUCCUUUCCAGGAUACUCAGUGAUAGACUGAAGAGAGUCCUUCCCACUCUUAUCUCCACAGAGCAGGCUGCUUUUCAGCAAGGAAAAAGUAUUAAUGAACAUGUUCUGAUGGUUAAAGAGAUGGGUGAUCCCUUGUCACCUCUUUUGUUCAUUCUAGCUAUGGAGGGGUUUACCAGAUACUUUAAUCAUCUUGCUAACAUUGGAAGGAUCAGCUGUUUCUCAUCUGGCAGGACAGUGGCUCCAAGUCAUUUGUUGUAUGCUGAUGAUAUAGUCAUUUUCACCAGAGCUGACUGUAGGAAUCUCUUGAGGCUAAAGGCAUCUCUUUCCACUUUUGGGAUGGCAUCUGGUCAGGCGAUUAACUUUAAUAAAAGUCAGGUGAUUGUUCAUGAUAAGAUGAGGCAGGAACAUAGGGCUAAGAUUAAAAGUAUACUUGGCAUUAGAUGUACCACCAGAGAGUUUACUUAUCUGGGGUCUACUGUUGUGAGAGGAAAGUUGAGGAAAGCUCACUGCCAAGCACUGAUCCAGAAGUUUGAGAGAAGGAUUGCAGCCUGGUAUAGUAGGAAGCUUAACCAGAUGGGGAGGCUUAUUUUGAUUAAGCAUGUUCUCUCUUCCAUUCCUUUGCAUAUCUUGGCGGUUCAGGAACUACCUAAGUCUGUCAUUAAGUGUCUUCAUAUGAUGAUGGCUAAUUUUUUCUGGGGGGCUAAGGAUGAGGGCCACAAGUAUCAUUGGAGGAAAUGAGAAAAGCUUUGUUUCCCCUUGCAGGAGGGUGGAUUAGGGGUAAGGGAUCUUGGCCAUUGUCAAAGGGCUGCUGCCAUGGAUUUAUGGUGGAAGGUUCAGCAGGGUGGAACCAUUUGGAGGACUUUUAUGCACCGGAAGUACUUCAGGGAU